GUAAGAGCGAAUCUUCCACGUGUCAGAAAAAGAACCACACGUGUCUGUACAAUAACCUUCUAGUCUUGGCCACACCGCAAAAUUCAUUCCUUCUCCAACAAUGGCACUGAAAUUCUGUGCAACAAAUUCAGGACUCCAAUUAAAUUCAUCACACGCAUUUUCGUCAUCGCUCAAGCCCAAACCUCUUGUUAGUCUCAAAUCCCACAUAUCCUUCAAAAGCUUUCGAAACCAAAGGCAUCUUAAGAUCUGUCAAUCCUCUUUGGUCGAUGAACAACAGCAGGAGACCUCGUUCUCUGACGCAGAGAACCAGCUCAUCGACGCCCUCAUCGGAAUCCAAGGUCGCGGCCGAUCCGCUUCGCCUCGACAGCUCAAUGACGUGGAGCAGGCGGUGAAAUUUCUAGAAGGAUUAGGAGGUGUACCUGAUCCAACGAGCUCUAGCUUGAUUGAAGGUCGCUGGCAACUGAUGUUUACAACCAGACCAGGAACAGCAUCUCCGAUUCAGAGAACAUUUGUCGGAGUUGACUUCUUCAGUGUUUUUCAAGAGGUCUAUCUUCGGACAAAUGAUCCACGUGUCUCCAAUAUUGUAAGAUUCUCUGAUGCAAUAGGCGAGCUGAAAGUGGAGGCAGCAGCGUCAAUUAAAGACGGCAAACGAAUUCUUUUCCAAUUUGACGAAGCAGCCUUUUCUUUUAAGUUUCUACCAUUUAAGGUUCCUUAUCCAGUGCCAUUUAGGCUUCUUGGUGAUGAAGCAAAAGGUUGGUUAGACACUACAUAUUUGUCCUCCUCUGGAAACCUUCGAAUUUCAAGAGGAAACAAGGGCACCACAUUUGUCCUGCAAAAGAAAACCGAACCUAGGCAAAAGCUUUUAUCAGCCAUUUCAACUGGAACGGGAGCUUUAGAGGCAAUUGAUGAGUUUAUCUCCUCAAAUCCGAAUAAAGGCAAAGAUGAUCUUGAACUUCUGGAGGGAGAGUGGCAAAUGAUAUGGAGUUCACAGACAGUGACAGAUAGUUGGUUAGAGAAUGCUGGCAAUGGUCUUAUGGGCAUGCAGAUUGUAAAGAAGAAUGGACAGAUGAAAUUCCAGGUGGACAUCUUGCUUGGACUCAAAUUCUCCAUGACGGGCACAUUUGUGAAAUCUGGCAACAAGACGUACAAUGUCAUUAUGGAUGACGCAGCAAUUAUUGCUGGCCAAUUUGGUUUCCCUAUAGAAGAAAUGGAAAGCAAAAUCAAGCUGGAGCUGUUAUACAGUGAUGAAAAGAUCAGGAUUAGCAGGGCCUACAACAACUACAUAUUCGUGCAUGUCCGGACACAGAAGCAGUGAUGAGCCUACCAACAUUAGCAUCAUUUGUACCUUUAAGGACAUCGGGUUGGAUACUUGAAUAUUUUGUGAAUAAUUUUUUUUGUUCGGUCGGCUUCUAAACUAGGUUCUAACCUUAUUUGUAGAAACGCUGUUGCGUAUUCAAAAAAGUUAAAAACAUGUGGCGAAGAGGAUACACCGUA